UCCUCGGCGAGCACAGCCUAAAAAAGCUUUUGUUGCUUUCUGCUUAAUGGAAGGGCCUUGAGCUUUCUCUCUCUCUCUCUCUCUCCCCUUCGCUUUGAUGCAUUUUCAGCUGCGAAUUUUCGAAAAAGCUUAAGUCGGCGUUCUCUUUCUCUUUCUCCCUCUGUGAUUCAUUUGAGCUUCCAGUGUGCAGUAUUGAUUAUUAAAAAGUCGUAAUAUGUCUCCACCACUGCUGGGUGGUGAAGAGGAAGGACACAGCACUCUGGUGGCUUCCUCUUCUCCCAUUGACUGUAUAUCCCAAAAUGGGUCAGGACUAAAAGAACGGAAUUACCUGGGAUUGUCGGAUUGUUCUUCGGUUGACAGCUCUGCAGUUUCAAACUUGUCUGAUGAGAACAGAAGCAAUCUGAAUUUUAAGGCUACAGAGUUGAGGCUUGGCCUUCCUGGAUCCCAGUCACCAGAACGUGAAUCUGACCUCUGUUUGCUGGGCUCAGGGAAACUUGAUGAGAAGCAACUGUUUCCUCUGCUUCCUUUGAAAGAUGGGAUCUGCUCUUCAUCACAAAAGAAUGUUGUUUUGGGCAAUAAAAGAGGGUUCUCUGAUGCUAUGGAUGGGUUCUCUGAGGUGAAAACUUCAGCAUAUGGUGAUGGAAAUUGGCGGUAUGCAUCUGGUUCUGAUACUGAAUCUCCACAAUCUGUUGGACAAGGCAAAUUCCCAGGUAAUUCGGGAAUAAAUGUGAUGCUACCAUCAAGGGCUGCAGCUGCUCAGCCAGCCACAAUGAAAGAGGUCUCUACAAAAGGUAUGCAAGAAAGAUCUCGUGCUACUAAUGGAGCCAACCAGAAUCAUGUUUCUGCUUCUAACAACAAUGCUCCCGCCUCAAAGGCACAGGUUGUUGGUUGGCCUCCUAUAAGGUCAUUUAGGAAGAAUUCACUGGCCACCACUUCAAAGAACAAUGAAGAAGUUGAUGGGAAACCAAGUCCUGGAGCUCUUUUUGUCAAGGUCAGCAUGGAUGGUGCUCCCUAUUUGAGAAAGGUGGAUCUGAGAACUUAUUCUACUUAUCAAGAAUUGUCUUCUGCUCUGGAAAAAAUGUUCAGCUGUUUCACGAUAGGUCAAUGUGGAUCUCAUGGAGCUCCAGGGAAGGAAAAGCUGAGUGAGAGCAAGUUAAGGGAUCUCCUCCAUGGAUCUGAAUAUGUGCUUACAUACGAGGACAAAGAUGGUGACUGGAUGCUUGUUGGUGAUGUCCCAUGGCAGAUGUUUAUUGAUUCAUGCAAGAAAUUAAAGAUCAUGAAGGGCUCUGAUGCCAUUGGCUUAGCUCCGAGGGCAGUGGAGAAAUCCCAAAACAGAAACUAACUAGUGUCUGAAAACAACUGCUUUUUGGCUGCCAAGUCCCAAGUCGUGAUUCGGAGUAGGAAAUGGGGAUGAACUCUGAGGCUGAAGAAGGUUAAAAAAAAGAUAGAAAAAUGUUGACAUGGGAUGGCCUCAGCUAGACAGCAGAUGAUGGUUCAGAUGCGUUUCUUGUCUUUGUUUUGAUUGCAUGAAAAGAAGAAGAAGAAAAGAAAAAAGUGUGUCAGUUCCAAGUUGGGAGUCCUGAUUGUUACAAAACCUUGUGAAAGUCAAUUAAGAUUAUUAUUGUUAUUGUUAGUGUUUGUGGAGUUGAUAAUCUUUUCUUAUAUACCAAAACUAGUUUUACUAAGGGCUUUUUGUAUCUGAUGAUCUAUACAUCAUUGAAGAUGUUGUGGAUCUUGUGCCUCUUCAUCUUCCUUUCCUAUCGACUUGUGUAUGUCUGAUUAAGCUAUAUCUAUGUUUUCUCUUCUAUUUAA